AUGGCUCCAGUCGCGGUUCCCGCCGCGUCGGCGUCGUCGCUGGCAGUCUUCAAGGUCCCCGCGCUCAAGAUCGUCGUCGGCGUCGGGAUCUCCAUGGGCGUCGCCGGUCUUGCAGCAGGCACUAUCGUCGCGCUGCGUUAUUACGACAAGAAAGCCAAGGAGCGGGCUCAGCUUGAGCUCCCGCGUCCUGUUGUUUCUGUCACGACCGAGGUCGAGCGCGUUUCUGAUGCACAGGUCGAGGAGAAGAUGGCCGUCCCCGGUGCUUUUUACGAGGAGAAGAUGGCCGUCCCCGGUGCUUUUUACGAGGAUCAGGACAACCCUCACGUUGAGAAGGAUAUUGUCGAUGAAUGUAGGGGACACCAGGAAGGCGUAUGGAAGACACUCGAUGAAGGCCCCAUCACGAUCCAUACCGCAUACACUGACGCCCACUGCGGCGAUGACGAUAUUUUCGAAGAAAUAGACAUCGCUGACGGUGAUACUGUUACGAAGAAUUUUAUUCCAGGAGCAUGGAUUCCGGACGACGACACGUCCACACACUAUCGACCGAUGGUUCCCUUCAACAUCACUAUCGAAGAACCUCACGACAAGUCGGGAGGUGGGGCUGAGCAUGCUAUGGGCGAGGCAGGUUUGAAUGCCCCUUCUGAUGAUGUUUACGAUGGCGUCGAGGAUGCCGACCGGACGGUUGUCGAACAUACUAUUCAGGUGAGCGAUCCUGCGCCUGCGGAGCAAGUGGAGGGGAAGGGAGUCCUCACUGUUGCCAUGGUGGAGGAAUGGCUAGAGGCGACCAAAGACUGGACGCCGCCUGAAGCGGUGAUGAACGCGAGUAACAACACUACCGUGGUGGAGGAUCAGCUUCCUAUCUUCACCGCUACUCCCAAUAGCGUCGUACUGACACCGAAGGAGGAGGCCCCUGCACUGCAAGCCGAGGCAAAUGGGAUCCUUACUGUGGCGAUGGUGGACGAAUGGCUGGCUAGGACCAGAGACAUGGAGUGGGCGCCCCCAACUAAGGAGUUGAGCUUGAGCAACACCCCUACCAACGUCUCUAUCACCACCACCACCACCACCCUCGAUGCCGAGCUCGAAGAAGACAUCACUAAAGUCUUCGGCCCUCUUCUCCCGCUGGACCACGUGAUCCGCCAGCUCCUGAACGGCGAGCACCCCGCGACCAUGCGCCGGCGCCGGGUAGGGAGGCAGCACUACCCGCUGGAGACAAGACGCCUGCUCACGGAAGCGCCCGAGCCGGAGCGAGUGACGUUGAGUCCUGCUGCGAUGCGCUGCGCGUUGCGGGCGGUGUGCAAGGAUCACGGAUUUGAGGUCCCAGCGGUGAAGGUGAAGAAGAUGGGGGAUCGAGCGAGCGUUACGCUGAGGUUGGAGCGAGGGGGGCAUGCGAGGCAGCGGUCGUCGGUUACUAUCACGGCAAUGGCUACGGUGGAUGAGGGGAAUACGGUGCGCGCUGUGAUUACUGAUGCAACUGUCGAGACGGUGGAGGACAACACUACGGCGCGUAUCGAACCUGUGGCCGAGGAUGGUCUGGUUAUCGAGGCUUCCCAGGAGCUUGUCGCUGUUCCGGCCGCGGACGCUGGACAAGUCGGAUCAUGCGAGCAAGUCGACGAGGACGACGGGGAUGAACAAUCGCAGGAGGAUAAGGACGAGUGGGACUCGGAGGAGGAGGAGCGGGAGCUGAAGCGGCACCGGCGGAGGAUGUGGGUGAUGAAGGAGGCGCCGGGCAAGGCGAUGCUCGCGGUCGAGAAGGGCGAGGGCAGUGGCAUGAACGAGGAUGGCGAAGAUACCGAUGCCAAGCAGGAUGAACGGUCGGAAGACGACGAGGGCGCCGAGGAGCGACGGAACAGGAGGAAGGUCUGGGUGAUGAAGGAGUCGUCUGAGGACGUUGCGGUCAAGCCUGUGGAUGGGAAGGAGAGCGAGGACGUUAUGCGCGAGAAGGAUGCUGCACUGGAUGAGAAGCCCGAGUCUAACAGCCUCGUUGUCGAGAAGGAGGGACAUGUUCCCCUGUCAGGAGUCUCUGACGUGCUUACCAGUGCUCUGGAUCGAGGGAUGCCCGCCCCAGCCAACGGUGAGCUCGUCGUCGCUCGCAGCCUGUCCUCCCCUCUGGCUGAGGGAGAAGCUGUCCUUUGUGGCCAAGUGGAUCAGGACACUCCAGUGGACGCUGCGACGAUGACGGGUGAGUUUGUUGUUGCUGGGUGUAUGGGUGAUCUUUCUCCGGGGUAUGGUAGGUAUGUUGGGGCUCCGGUGUCUCCUCCCACUUCGAAAGUGGUUGUUCUAAAUGCUUUAGAGUCUCGUGCGGUGUCGAGGUUGCCCACUCCAAAUGUCAAUAAGUUGAAGGGCAGCCGAGCGUCAAUUUCAAGUGCAAGACGUUCUAGUCUCUUACCAUCUGGCGGCAGCGGUUCGCCAGCUGUCUCUUCUCUGCCGACUGCUCGUGGUCGCAGGAAGGCGAGUAUCGGUUCUCCGCCGGCUGGCUCUACCGCUGCUCGGGCUCGAAAGCAGGCGAGCAUCUCACAAUCAGACUCGCCAUCGCCGAUGUCCUAUGUAAGAGCUGGCGAGCAAUCUUCGACUUCCGGCAGUUCUGAUUCCACGCGCAAGGCCGUCAAUUCCCGGGCGCCGCGACCUCCUGUGUCUCGGUUGGUACCUCCAUCAAGUCCGUCUGUAUCCUUUGGCAAUGGCAAGGUCCGAUGGGAUACCAAGACCCUCUCUGUGUCUCGAACGGUCGUUCCGACAAGUCCGCCCGUGUCCUCUAGCAAUGGCAAGCACCGACAGGAUUUAAGCACACCCUCUGUGUCUCGACUAGUUGCUCCGUCAAGUCCGCCCAUAUCUUUUGGCACUGGCAAGCUCCGACAGCAUUCAAGAAUGUCCUCUUCUACUUCUAGCUUGACUUCUAGAUCUAUAGAAUCAUCUGUCGCUGCUGCUGCCUCGAUGAAACGUACUCCUGCGAAGAGGCAGGUGCCGCCUCCUCUACCCGUGUCCACCCGAUUCGUCAAAUCUGGCCUCUCUACAUCUACCGGCAUGUUCAGUUCUGGGUGCGCUACGCCUACCUCACCGGUUCUCUCUGGUAUUCCAACUGGGUCUGGCCGACGCAAGCCAUCAAUGGAUGUUCGCGCUGGUUCAGGUUCCCUCAUCGGAAGCCGUAGAAGGCCGAACGGCUCUGGUGAACCCUUUAAGUCGUCUCUUCCUUCCUCGACCAAACGUCGGCCCCUUAGGGACUCGCGGGACCUCGAUAUUGGUGAAGCGCUUCCUGACGACUUGGAAGACUCCGUUUCGACUCUUAAGCUUCCCUGGGCCAGUCCAAGCAUACCUGCCACGCCGUUGAUGGAUAUCACCAACACAGUCAAGCCCAAACACAUUAUGAACCGUGGUAGCCCUCGGCCGUCGGCUGUCCCUGUACUAUCUUCGCGGAAGGCCGGGCUCACUAGGCCAAAUUCAAUGUCUCCAGAUUUAUCUCGUCAAGAAUUACCUCCUACCGCUCCUCUGACGUUCGCAAAGCGCUCGGCCUUUGGGCGCUCUGUGGCGAGCUCCUCUCAAGCGUCGGGAACACCCUGUUUCAAGCCUCACUGCCGACACGAUACUUCCGCCUGCAGUUCUCGCUUCGGUCCGUCAACUAUCGGCCGCGCCUCUCGUGCUGGUCCUUCUCGGCAGCACGACGUCUUGAAUGCCGCAUCUGCAAGACCUCCUUCGUCAAUAGUGGCGAGACCUGCAGUUGCUGUCGGCUCUGCAGUCUCCCGUACGAGGUCAAGCACGCCUUCGGAGCAAGGCGGGCGAUCCGCGCAGGCUUCUCCCAUCGGUCGUUCGACAACCUUACCGCGCAGGGACUUCUGGGUGCCAUGA